UGCUUAAGCACUUCGAUAAUAUGAAAUUUAUGUGCUCUUUACACAUGAGUAAAAUUGGAUUUUUGGUGACUCACUCAAAGUAUUUUUUAGAAACGAAGAUUUUCUUUUCUUCCAAUUAAUUAUAUAAAUUCUCGUGCAAAAUGUAAAAUAUUAUUUAACAGCCCUGUUUUCUCACAACAAUAUUUACAACUCUGAACCUCUCUCUAACUAGAAGAUUUGCAAGUUUCCUUAGUUGUUCACACGGAGGUUUUCUUAGUUAUAUGUUAAAGUUUGAGUCUUUGACGCGCUUACUGUGGACGCUUGGCUUUGUUUUCUUCUAUAUUGCUACAGGACAGCCCAAACGCUUUACCACGAUUUUCCUCGGACGUUCAAAGAUUUCUAUUUCAAAUAGCAUCCCUAAACGUCGAAUUGCUGCUAACCAUACAUCUUCUAUCUUUAAAUCUGCUGAGUAAAAAAAAGUACAUAUAUAUAUAAGAUUUAAACACAGUGAACAUUUCUGCAACAUGAAUAACAACGCGAUUGUGAAUGGUACGGAUUCACCAGGUUCGGCUUCAGGAGAUAAGCGCGAUUUAUUAGCCUUGCUGAAGCUGAUUAAAAAAUACAACCUUAAGCAAACAGAAGAAUUGUUAUGCCAAGAAGCAAAUAUACGGUCAGAAGAACUUGAAGAUUUAGAUGAUAAAGAAAUCAGCUCUUUACUUACCUCUGCUUUAGGGGACAAUCAAGAGAAUAACGCCUCUGGUACCACCAUACACGCCGGUUCAGAAAAUGACCCAGAAUUUUACGACACUGUUUACGGUGAAUUGCGUAAUUUUGUUGAUGAAUCUUUGGAUAUCUAUAAACAUGAACUUUUCAUGGUGUUAUACCCAAUUUUGGUGCAAAUCUAUUUUAAACUGGUGUCAACUGGUUAUGCAAAACCAGCCCGCGAUUUCGUUGAAAAGUAUGGUCCAGAUUUGGAUUAUUAUUAUCGUGAAGAUCUGCAGAAUCUGCUUUUAAUUACGAAACGCUCGGAUUUGGAAAAUAAUGACUUUGUUACUGCUAUGGAAACAGACAAGUUUAUCAUACGUAUGUCGAGAGAUGCACAUUCAUUGUUUAAAAGACAUAUUCAAGACCGCAAGCAGGAGUUAAUAGCUGAUAUUGUAGCCAAAUACCUUCAUUUUGAUACCUACGAAGGUACAGCACGCAGUAAAGCGCAGUGCGAUGCUACUGCCGGUUCAUUGAUUGGAGAAGCCAGACGCCAAGAUAAUAAGAUUCGUGUAUAUUAUGGCCUUUUGAAGGAGGUGGAUUUUCAGUCGUUAACGACUCCUGCACCUUCUGUUGUUGAAGAGGAAGAUGACAACGAUCCGGACGCUCCUGACAAGCCUAAAAAAAAAAAACCUAAAAAAGAUCCUCUUUUUUCCAAAAAAUCAAAAUCUGAUCCCAAUGCUCCCGCAAUGGAUCGGAUACCACUACCAGAGUUAAAAGAUGCAGACAAACUCGAAAAACUUAAGGCUUUGAGGGAAGCUUCAAAACGCGUACCACUCAAUAAAGAUUCACUGCCUUCUGUGUGUUUAUAUACCAUACUCAAUUCGUACCACAGCGUUACGUGCGCAGAAAUAUCUGAAGACUCUUACAUGAUGGCUGUGGGUUUCACAGACUCCAGCAUUAAGGUAUGGUCGCUGACGCCCGCUAAAUUGCGGGAGAUGAAAACGGCUGAGCACUUGAAAGAUAUAGAUAAAGAUGCGGAGGAUGUCUUAGUACGUAUGAUGGAUGAUCGUACAGGUGAGGCAGCUCGCACAUUUUACGGCCACAGCGGACCAGUCUACCGUUGCGCUUUUGCACCUGAGAAAAAUAUGUUGCUUUCCUGCUCAGAAGACACUACUAUUCGGUUGUGGUCUUUACAUACCUGGACUUGCAUAGUGGUGUUCAAAGGACACCUCUUUCCUGUAUGGGAUGUUCGAUUUUCACCACAUGGGUAUUAUUUUGCUUCCUGCUCAUAUGACAAAACAGCCCGUUUAUGGGCCACUGAUUCCAAUCAGCCGUUACGUAUAUUUACGGGCCAUCUCUCCGAUGUAGAUUGCGUACAGUUUCAUCCCAAUUCCAAUUAUAUAGCUAGCGGCUCCAGCGACCGUACAAUACGGCUGUGGGACGUCUUAAAUGGCCAAUUGGUGCGCUUGAUGACAGGUCACAAGGGAUCAAUCUAUGCGUUGGCUUUUUCUACUUGCGGUCGUUACUUGGCGUCUGGUUCUUCAGACCAUACCGUGCUAAUAUAUGAUUUAUCUCAUGGCCAAUUGGUCACCUCAUUGGUACGACAUACUGGUUCUAUACACACAAUGUGCUUCAGCCGAGAUGGUACAAUCUUAGCGAUUGGUGGUCUGGAUUGUUAUCUAACACUAUGGGACUUCUCCAAACUUGCCGAAGAUUAUAUAGCACAAAAUUCCAAUGCGUCGCAUAACCCGGAAAUCAAUGAAGGUGACACAUAUUUGUUGCGCGCUUUUCCCACCAAAUGUACACCAUUUUUAACUUUGCACUUUACAAGAAGAAAUCUACUGUUGGCAGUCGGCACAUUUAAAGCAUAAGUCAAAAUAUACAAUUAUCAUAGAUUAUAAGAUAUUCCAAUAAAACACCC